AUGAAGGCCCCGACCGCGAAGCACUGCCUUGGUGCGGUGACACUAUCCGGGUCUGAAUGGGUGUAUCGAUCUGCAUACGCGCCUAUCGAUGCUUUGGCAUUCGAGUACAUGCAAGUCACGGUAUUGCCUGCAAAGGAAAAGAAGAAGGAAGGUGGUCCCAUCAGCUGGCGAGGAUGGCGAAAAAGCUUACAGGGGCGCUUCAAGAUAACGGGAAGACAGAUGUUUGGCUCUCGUGAUAGUUUUUCAAGCGUCACAGAAACGACGACGACAAUGGAGGCACGUCGCACUUCAAGUGCUUUCAUGAACGUUGAGCGGGACGUGGUGCAACGCCUCAUCCGAUUUGCUGCAGUCAAACAUACAACCAGAUCCUAUCAAGAAGUCAUCGGUAAAUCGCCUCGUGCUGGUUGCCAAUGCAAAACAAGAAUUUUCAUUGACUUUCUGGGAAAUGAAGUCGGUUGGAGUAACUAA